AUGUCUCACAAGACACUGAUUCGGCUCAAGCCACCAGAUGAUGUGCAAGCAUAUGCAUGCACUCUAGGAUGGUACACAUUGGCGUUCACCUCACACACACUCACCGUCCUCAGAGGCAUGACUGGAUCUGGUGAGCUAGUUUGCCCUGUUUUCAUGCAAUCCAGCGCUGUGCAGCCAAGCAAACCAUUGCCGCGGCUUAACCAUCCCCAUGUGGUUGUUGGUCUAACAAGGUGCAACCUGAAGAGCGGUCGACAAGCCACAAUAAGAAGCUCCUUGGCCUCCCCACCUGAAAUGAUGCGAGGGCCAAUUAGUCAGUCGUUGAUGCAACAGUCAGAAGAUCUGCCACAGCUGCCACAACAUAAGGCGACCAACAUCCGUAGCAACAUGGAGGACCUGUUGCUCGCUGCCGAGUUCGGUGGUCAGCUGACUGGGGUAGGGGACUUGGUAGCCUCCACCAGCGCACAGUCCUAG